AUGGGGCGAGAUGGGCAGGCGGUAGAGCCUAUAGUGGCGGGAAGGCCUGGAGUGGCGGGGGAGCCUGAAGUGGCAGAGGAGCCUGGAGUGGCGGGGGAGCCUGGAGUGGCGGAGGGGCCUGGAGUGGCGGGGGAGCCUGGAGUGGCGGGGGAGCCUCGAGUAGCGGAGGAGCCUGGAGUGGCGGGGGAGCCUGGAGUGGCGGAGGGGCCUGGAGUGGCGGGGGAGCCUGGAGUGGCGGAGGAGCCUGGAGUGGCGGGGGAGCCUGGAGUGGCGGAGGAGCCUGGAGUGGCGGGGGAGCUUGGAGUGGCGGGGGAUCCUGGAGUGGCGGAGGAGCCUGGAGUGGCGGGGGUGCCUGGAGUGGGGGUCGAGCCUGGAGUGGGGGGGGAGGCCCUGGAUACUAGGGAGCCUGGUUCAUCGGAGGUGCCUGGAGUGGAGGGGGAGCCUAGAGUGGCGUGGGAGCCUAGAGUGGUGGGGGAUCCAGGAGUGGCGGGGGAGAAAGGCAUGGCGGGGGAGCCUGGACCGUUGGAAAAUGUCGCUUCACGUCGUACCCCAAGGUGGCAGGAGAGGAAAACUGGGAAGCGGAAAUGUGCUCAAGAGGGGUGUAACAGCGAGGACACGGAGGGUGAAGAGGCUGAUUCUAUCAUAACCUCCUUCCACUGUUUAUCAUUAAAACCCUUCCCCCUUUAUCAUAACCUCCCUUCCCCCUCUAGCACUAACCUCGCCUUCCAUUCUCCCUUCCAUCCCCUCUCAUCCCCCCAUGCCAUCACCUUACCUUCACCCUUCACCAUCUCCUCCCUUUCCCCGUGCCAUCACCUCUCGCCCACAUUUCCCAUCACAUCUCACUCCCCUCCUGCACGUGUGGCGAAGCUGUGGGCGGGGCAGGGGUGUGGCGGCAGCAGAGUGUUGCCAAGCCAAGAGCGGGGCAGCAGACGUGUGAGGUUUCCCUUCCCCAUCCGACCUUACCUCCCUCCCCCAUCUGACCUUACCUCCCUCCCCCAUCUUCCUCUCUAUCCGCCUUCUUCCUCUCUAUCCGCCCUUCUUCCUCUCUAUCCGCCCUUUUUCCUCUCUGUCCGCCCUUCUUCCUCCCUAUCCGCCCUUCUUACUCUCUAUCCGCCCUUCUUCCUAUCAAUCCGCCCUUCUUCCUCUCUAUCCGUCCCUCCUCACUCUCUAUCCGCCCUUCUUCCUAUCUUCCCGCCCUUCCUUUUCUGUAUCCGCCCUUCUUCCUCUCUACCCGCCCUUCUUCCUCUCUAUCUGCCCGUCUUCCUCUCUAUCCGCCCUUCUCUCUAUCAAUCCGCCCUUCUUCCUCUCUAUCCGCCCUUCUUCCUAUCAAUCCGCCCUCCUUCCUCUCUAUCCGCCCUCUUCCUCUCUAUCCUCUCUUCUUCCUCUCUAUCCGCCCUUCUCCCUCUCUAUCCACCCGUCUUCCUCUCUAUCCGCCCUUCUUCCUCCCUAUGUGCCCUUCAUCCCCUCUAUCCGCCCUUCUUCCUCUCUAUCCGCCAUUCUUCCUCUUUGUUCGCCCUUCUUCCUCUCUAUCCGCCCUCCCUCCUCUAUAUCCGCCCUUCUUCCUCCCUAUCCGCCCUUCUUACUCUCUCCGCCCUUCUUCCUAUCAAUCCUCCUUCCACUCUAUCCGCCCUUCUUCCUCUCUACCCGCCCUUCUUCCUCUCUAUCCGCCCUUCUUCCUCUCUAUCUGCCCAUCUUCCUAUCAAUCCGCCCUCCUUCCUCUCUAUCCGCCCUCCUUCCUCUCUAUCCGCCCUUCUUACUCUCUAUCCGCCCUUUAUCCCCUCUUUCCGCCCUCCUUCCUCUCUCUAUCCGCCCUUCUUCCUCCCUAUCCGCCCUUCUUACUCUCUAUCCGCCCUUCUUCCUAUGAAUCCGCCCUUCUUCCUCUCUAUCCGUCCCUCCUCACUCUCUAUCCGCCCUUCUUCCUCUCCAUCCGCCCUCCUUCCUGUCUAUCUGCCCUUCUUCCUCUCUAUCCGCCCUUCUUCUUCUCUAUCCGCCCUUCAUCCCCUCUAUCCGCCCUUCCUCCUCUCUAUCCGCCCUUCUUCCUCUCUAUCCGCCCUUCUUCCUCUCUAUCCGCCCUUCUUCCUCUCUAUCCGCCCUUCUUCUUCUCUAUCCGCCCUUCUUCCUCUCUAUCCACCCUUCUUCCUCUCUAUCCGCCCUUCCUCCUCUCUAUCCGCCCUUCGUCCUCUCUAUCCGCCCUUCUUGCUCUCUAUCCGCCCUUCUUCCUCUCUAUCCGCCCUUCUUCCUCUCUAUCCGCCCUUCUUCCUCUCUAUCCGCCCUUCUUCCUCUCUGUCCACCCGUCUUCCUCUAUAUCCGCCCUUCAUCCCCUCUAUCCGCCCGUCUUACUCUCUAUCCGCCCUCCUUCCUCUCUAUCCGCCCUCCUUCCUCUAUCCGCCCUUCUUCCUCUCUAUCCGCCCUUCAUCCCCUCUAUCCGCCCUACUUCCUCUCUAUCCGCCCUUCUUCCUCUCUAUCCGCCCUUCUUCCUCUCUAUCCGCCCUGCUUCCUAUCAAUCCGCCCUCUUUCCUCACUAUCCGCCAUCCUUCCUCUCUAUCCGCCCUUCUUCCACUCUAUCCGCCCUUCUUCCUCUCUAUCCGCCCUUCUUCCUCUCUAUCCGCCCUUCUUCUUCUCUAUCCGCCCUUCUUCCUCUCUAUCCACCCUUCUUCCUCCCUAUCGACACUUCUUACUCUCUGUCCGCCCUUCUUCAUAUCAAUCCGCCCUCCUUCCUCUCUAUCCGCCCUCCUUCCUCUCUAUCCGCCCUUCUUCCUCUCUACCCUCCCUUCUUCCUCUCUAUCCGCCCUUCUUCCUCUCUAUCCGCCCUUCUUCUUCUCUAUCCGCCCUUCUCCCUCUCUAUCCGCCCUUCUUCCUAUCAAUCCCCGCACCUUCCUCUCUAUCCGCCCUCCUUCCUCCCUAUCCCCCCAUCUUCCUCUCUAUCCCCCCUUCAUCCCCUCUAUCUGCCCUUCUUCCUCUCUAUCCGCCCUUCUUCCUCCCUAUCCGCCCUUCUUACUCUCUUUCCGCCCUUCUUCCUAUGAAUCCGCCCUUCUUCCUCUCUAUCCGUCCCUCCUCACUCUCUAUCCGCCCUUCUUCCUCUCUCUCCGCCCUCCUUCCUCUCUAUCCGCCCUUCUUCCUCUCUAUCCGCCCUUCUUCUUCUCUAUCCGCCCUUCAUCCCCUCUAUCCGCCCUUCUUCCUCUCUAUCCGCCCUUCUUCCUCUUUAUCCGCCCUUCUUCCUCUCUAUCAGCCCUUCUUCCUCUCUAUCCGCCCUUCUGCCUCUCUAUCCGCCCUUCUUUCUCUCUAUCUGCCCUUCUUCCUCUCUAUCCGCCCUUCUUCCUCUCUAUCCGCCCUUCUUCCUCUCUAUCCGCCCUUUGUCCUCUCUAUCCGCCCUUCUUCCUCUCUAUUCGGUCUUCUUCCUCUCUAUCCGCCCUUCUUCCUCUCUAUCCGCCCUUCUUCCUCUCUAUCCGCCCUUCUUCCUCUCUAUCCGCCCUUCUUCCUCUAUAUCCGCCCUUCUUCCUCUCUAUCCGCCCUUCUUCCUCUCUAUCCGCCCGUCUUCCUCUCUAUCCGCCCUUCAUCCCCUCUAUCCGCCCGUCUUCCUCUCUAUCCGCCCCCCUUCCUCUCUAUCCGCCCUCCUUCCUCUCUAUCCGCCCUCCUUCCACUCUAUCCGCCCUUCAUCUCCUCUAUCCGCCCUUCUUCCUCUCUAUCCGCCCUUCUUCCUCUCUAUCCGCCCUUCUUCUUCUCUAUCCGCCCUUCUUCCUCUCUAUACGCCCUUUUUCCUAUCAAUCCGCCCUCCUUCCUCUCUAUCCUCCCUUCUUCCUCUCUAUCCGCCCUUCAUCCCCUCUAUCCGCCCUUCUUCCUCUCUAUCUGCCCAUCUCCCCCCCUAUCCGCCCUUCUUCCUCUCUAUCCGCCCUUCUGCCUCUCUAUCCGCCCUUCUUCCUCUCUAUCCGCCCUUCUUCUUCUCUAUCUGCCCUUCUUCCUCUCUAUCCGCCCUUCUUCCUCUCUAUCCGCCCGUAUUCCUCUCUAUCCGCCCUCCUUCCUCACUAUCCGCCCUUCUUCCUCUCUACCCUCCCUUCUUCCUCUCUCUCCGCCCUCCUUCCUCUCUAUCCGCCCUUCUUCCUCUCUAUCCGCCCUUCUUUUUCUCUAUCCGCCCUUCAUCCCCUCUAUCCGCCCUUCUUCCUCUCUAUCCGCCCUUCUUCCUCUUUAUCCGCCCUUCUUCCUCUCUAUGAGCCCUUCUUCCUCUCUAUCCGCCCUCCUUCCUCUCUAUCCGCCCUUCUGCCUCUCUAUCCGCCCUUCUUCCUCUCUAUCCGCCCUUCUUCCUCUCUAUCCGCCCUUCUUCCUCUCUAUCCGCCCUUCGUCCUCUCUAUCCGCCCUUCUUCCUCUCUAUUCGGUCUUCUUCCUCUCUAUCCGCCCUUCUUCCUCUCUAUCCGCCCUUCUUCCUCUCUAUCCGCCCUUCUUCCUCUCUAUCCGCCCUUCUUCCUCUAUAUCCGCCCUUCUUCCUCUCUAUCCGCCCUUCUUCCUCUCUAUCCGCCCGUCUUCCUCUCUAUCCGCCCUUCAUCCCCUCUAUCCGCCCGUCUUCCUCUCUAUCCGCCCCCCUUCCUCUCUAUCCGCCCUCCUUCCUCUCUAUCCGCCCUCCUUCCACCCUAUCCGCCCUUCAUCUCCUCUAUCCGCCCUUCUUCCUCUCUAUCCGCCCUUCUUCCUCUCUAUCCGCCCUUCUUCUUCUCUAUCCGCCCUUCUUCCUCUCUAUACGCCCUUUUUCCUAUCAAUCCGCCCUCCUUCCUCUCUAUCCUCCCUUCUUCCUCUCUAUCCGCCCUUCAUCCCCUCUAUCCGCCCUUCUUCCUCUCUAUCUGCCCAUCUCCCCCCCUAUCCGCCCUUCUUCCUCUCUACCCGCCCUUCUGCCUCUCUAUCCGCCCUUCUUCUUCUCUAUCCGCCCUUCUUCCUCUCUAUCGGCCCUUCUUCCUCUCUAUCCGCCCUUCUUCCUCUCUAUCCGCCCUUCUUCCUCUCUAUCCGCCCUUCGUCCUCUCUAUCCGCCCUUCUUCCUCUCUAUUCGGUCUUCUUCCUCUCUAUCCGCCUUUCUUCCUCUCUAUCCGUCCUUCUUCCUCUCUAUCCGCCCUUCUUCCUCUCUAUCCGCCCUUCUUCCUCUCUAUCCGCCCUUCUUCCUCUCUAUCCGCCCGUCUUCCUCUCUAUCCGCCCUUCUUCCUCUCUAUCCGCCCGUCUUCCUCUCUAUCCGCCCCCCUUCCUCUCUAUCCGCCCUCCUUCCUCUCUAUCCGCCCUCCUUCCACUCUAUCCGCCCUUCUUCCUCUCUAUCCGCCCCCCUUCCUCUCUAUCCGCCCUCCUUCCUCUCUAUCCGCCCUCCUUCCACUCUAUCCGCCCUUCAUCUCCUCUAUCCGCCCUUCUUCCUCUCUAUCCGCCCUUCUUCCUCUCUAUCCGCCCUUCUUCCUCUAUAUCCGCCCUUCUUCCUCUCUAUCCGCCCUUCUUCCUCUCUAUCCGCCCGUCUUCCUCUCUAUCCGCCCUUCAUCCCCUCUAUCCGCCCGUCUUCCUCUCUAUCCGCCCCCCUUCCUCUCUAUCCGCCCUCCUUCCUCUCUAUCCGCCCUUCUCCACUCUAUCCGCCCUUCAUCUCCUCUAUCCGCCCUUCUUCCUCUCUAUCCGCCCUUCUUCCUCUCUAUCCGCCCUUCUUCUUCUCUAUCCGCCCUUCUUCCUCUCUAUACGCCCUUUUUCCUAUCAAUCCGCCCUCCUUCCUCUCUAUCCUCCCUUCUUCCUCUCUAUCCGCCCUUCAUCCCCUCUAUCCGCCCUUCUUCCUCUCUAUCUGCCCAUCUCCCCGCCUAUCCGCCCUUCUUCCUCUCUAUCCGCCCUUCUGCCUCUCUAUCCGCCCUUCUUCCUCUCUAUCCGCCCUUCUUCUUCUCUAUCCGCCCUUCUUCCUCUCUAUCCGCCCUUCUUCCUCUCUAUCCGCCCUUCUUCCUCUCUAUCCGCCCUUCUUCCUCUCUAUCCGCCCUUCGUCCUCUCUAUCCGCCCUUCUUCCUCUCUAUUCGGUCUUCUUCCUCUCUAUCCGCCCUUCUUCCUCUCUAUCCGCCCUUCUUCCUCUCUAUCCGCCCUUCUUCCUCUCUAUCCGCCCUUCAUCCCCUCUAUCCGCCCUUCUUCCUCUCUAUCUGCCCAUCUCCCCCCCAAUCCGCCCUUCUUCCUCUCUAUCCGCCCUUCUGCCUCUCUAUCCGCCCUUCUUCCUCUCUAUCCGCCCUUCUUCUUCUCUAUCCGCCCUUCUUCCUCUCUAUCCGCCCUUCUUCCUCUCUAUCCGCCCUUCUUCCUCUCUAUACGCCCUUCUUCCUCUCUAUCCGCCCUUCGUCCUCUCUAUCCGCCCUUCUUCCUCUCUAUUCGGUCUUCUUCCUCUCAAUCCGCCCUUCUUCCUCUCUAUCCGCCCUUCUUCCUCUCUAUCCGCCCUUCUUCCUCUCUAUCCGCCCUUCUUCCUCUCUAUUCGGUCUUCUUCCUCUCUAUCCGCCCUUCUUCCUCUCUAUCCGCCCUUCUUCCUCUCUAUCCGCCCUUCUUCCUCUCUAUCCGCCCUUCAUCCCCUCUAUCCGCCCUUCUUCCUCUCUAUCUGCCCAUCUCCCCCCCAAUCCGCCCUUCUUCCUCUCUAUCCGCCCUUCUGCCUCUCUAUCCGCCCUUCUUCCUCUCUAUCCGCCCUUCUUCUUCUCUAUCCGCCCUUCUUCCUCUCUAUCCGCCCUUCUUCCUCUCUAUCCGCCCUUCUUCCUCUCUAUCCGCCCUUCUUCCUCUCUAUCCGCCCUUCGUCCUCUCUAUCCGCCCUUCUUCCUCUCUAUUCGGUCUUCUUCCUCUCUAUCCGCCCUUCUUCCUCUCUAUCCGCCCUUCUUCCUCUCUAUCCGCCCUUCUUCCUCUCUAUCCGCCCUUCUUCCUCUAUAUCCGCCCGUCUUCCUCUCUAUCCGCCCUUCUUCCUCUCUAUCCGCCCUUCUUCCUCUCUAUCCGCCCUUCUUCCUCUCUAUCCGCCCUUCUUCCUCUCUAUCCGCCCUUCUUCCUCUCUAUCCGCCCUUCUUCCUCUCUAUCCGCCCUCCUUCCUCUCUAUCCGCCAUUCUUCCUCUCUAUCCGCCCUUCUUCCUCUCUAUCCGCCCUUCUUCUUCUCUAUCCGCCCUUCUUCCUCUAUAUCCGCCCUUCAUCCUCUAUAUCCGCCCUUCAUCCUCUCUAUCCGCCCUUCUUCUUCUCUAUCCGCCCUUCUUCCUAUCAAUCCGCCCUCCUUCCUCUCUAUCCGCCCUUCUUCUUCUCUAUCCGCCCUUCUUCCUCUCUAUCCGCCCUUCUUCCUCUCUAUCCGCCCUUCUUCCUCCCUAUCCGCCCUUCUUCCUCUCUAUCCGCCCUUCUUCCUAUCAAUCCGCCCUCCUUCCUCUCUAUCCGCCCUUCUUCCUCUCUAUCCGCCCUUCUUCCUCUCUAUCCGCCCUUCUUCGUCUCUAUCCGCCCUUCUUCCUCUCUAUCCGCCCUUCUUCUGCUCUAUCCGCCCUUCUUCCUCUCUAUCCGCCCUUCUUCCUAUCAAUCCGCCCUCCUUCCUCUCUAUCCGCCCUUCUUCCUCUCUAUCCGCCCUUUUUCCUCUCUAUCCGCCCUUCGUCCUUUCUAUUCGCCCUUCUUCCUCUCUAUCCGCCCUUCGUCCUCUCUAUCCGCCCUUCUUGCUCUCUAUCUGCCCUUCGUCCACUCUAUCCGCCCUUCUUCCUCUCUUUCCGCCCUUCUUCCUCUCUAUCCGCCCUUCUUCUUCUCUAUCCGCCCUUCUUCCUAUCAAUCCGCCCUCCUUCGUCUCUAUCCGCCCUUCUUCUUCUCUAUCCGCCCUUCUUCCUCUCUAUCCGCCCUUCUUCUUCUCUAUCCGCCAUCCUUCCUCUCUAUCCGCCCUUCUUCUUCUCUAUCCGCCCUUCUUCCUCUCUAUCCGCCCUUAUUCUCUAUCCGCCCUUCUUCCUCUCUAUCCGCCCUUCUUCCUCUCUAUCCGCCCUUCUUCCUCUCUAUCCGCCCUUCUUCCUCUCUAUCCGCCCUUCUUCCUAUCAAUCCGCCCUCCUUCCUCUCUAUCCGCCAUUCUUCCUCUCUAUCCGCCCUUCCUCUCUAUCCGCCCUUCUUCUUCUCUAUCCGCCCUUCUUCCUCUUUAUCCGCCCUCCUUCCUCUCUAUCCGCCCUUCUUCUUCUCUAUCCGCCCUUCUUCCUCUCUAUCCGCCCUUCUUCCUCUCUAUCCGCCCUCCUUCCUCCCUAUCCGCCCUUCUUCCUCUCUAUCCGCCCUUCUUCCUAUCAAUCCGCCCUCCUUCCUCUCUAUCCGCCCUUCUUCCUCUCUAUCCGCCCUUCUUCCUCUCUAUCCGCCCUUCUUCCUCUCUAUCCGCCAUUCUUCCUCUUUAUCCGCCCUUCUGCUCUAUCCGCCCUUCUUCCUAUCAAUCCGCCCUCCUUCCUCUCUAUCCGCCCUUCUUCCUCUCUAUCCGCCCUUCUUCCUCUCUAUCCGCCCUUAGUCCUCUCUAUCCGCCCUUCUUCCUCUCUAUCCGCCCUUCGUCCUCUCUAUCCGCCCUUCUUGCUCUCUAUCUGCCCUUCGUCCACUCCUUCUUCCUCUCUUUCCGCCCUUCUUCCUCUCUAUCCGCCCUUCUUCCUCUCUUUCCGCCCUUCUUCCUCUCUAUCCGCACUUCUUCUUCUCUAUCCGCCCUUCUUCCUAUCAAUCCGCCCUCCUUCCUCUCUAUCCGCCCUUCUUCUUCUCUAUCCGCCCUUCUUCCUCUCUAUCCGCCCUUCUUCUCUAUCCGCUCUUCUUCCUCUUUAUCCGCCCUUCUUCCACUCUAUCCGCCCUUCUUCCUCUCUAUCCGCCCUUCUUCCUAUCAAUCCGCCCUCCUUCCUCUCUAUCAGCCCUUCUUCUUCUCUAUCCGCCAUUCUUCCUCUCUAUCCGCCCUUCUUCUUCUCAAUCCGCCCUUCUUCCUCUCUAUCCGCCCUUCUUCCUCUCUAUCCGCCCUUCUUCCUCCCUAUCCGCCCUUCUUCCUCUCUAUCCGCCCUUCUUCCUCUCUAUCCCCCCUUCUUCCUCUCUAUCCGCCCUUCUUCCUCUCUAUCCGCCCUUCUUCAUCUCUAUCCGCCCUUCUUCCUCUCUAUCCGCCCUUCUUCCUCUCUAUCCGCCCUUCUUCCUCUCUAUCCGCCCUUCUUCAUCUCUAUCCGCCCUUCUUCCUCUCUAUCCGCCCUUCUUCCUAUCAAUCCGCCCUCCUUCCUCUCUAUCCGCCCUUCUUGCUCUCUAUCCGCCCUUCGUCCUCUCUAUCCGCCCUUCUUGCUCUCUAUCCGCCCUUCUUCCUCUCUUUCCGCCCUUCUUCCUCUCUAUCCGCCCUUCUUCUUCUCUAUCCGCCCUUCUUCCUAUCAAUCCGCCCUCCUUCCUCUCUAUCCGCCCUUCUUCUUCUCUAUCCGCCCUGCUUCCUCUCUAUCCGCCCUCCUUCCUCUCUAUCAGCCCUUCUUCUUCUCUUUCCGCCCUUCUUCCUCUCUAUCAGCCCUUCUUCCUCCCUAUCCGCCCUUCUUCCUCUCUAUCCGCCCUUCUUCCUCUCUAUCGGCCCUUCUUCCUCUCUAUCCGCCCUUCUUCCUCUCUAUCGGCCCUUCUUCCUCUCUAUCCGCCCUUCUUCCUCUCUAUCCGCCCUUCUUCCUCUCUAUCCGCCCUUCUUCCUAUCAAUCCGCCCUCCUUCCUCUCUAUCCGCCCUUCUUCCUCUCUAUCCGCCCUUCUUCCUCUCUAUCCGCCCUUCUUCCUCUGUAUCCGCCCUUCUUCCUCUAUCCGCCCUUCUUCCUCUCUAUCCCCCCUUCUUCCUCUCUAUCCGCCCUUCUUCCUCUCUAUCCGACCUUCUUCAUCUCUAUCCGCCCUUUUUCCUCUCUAUCCGCCCUUCUUCCUAUCAAUCCGCCCUCCUUCCUCUCUAUCCGCCCUUCUUCCUCUCUAUCCGCCCUUCUUCCUCUCUAUCCGCCCUUCUUCCUCUUUAACCGCCCUUCUUCCUCUCUAUCCGCCCUUCUUCCUCUCUAUCCGCCCUUCGUCCUUUCUAUCCGCCCUUCUUCCUCUCUAUCGGCCCUUCUUCCUCUCUAUCCGCCCUUCUUCCUCUCUAUCCGCCCUUCUUCCUCUCUAUCCGCCCUUCUUCUUCUCUAUCCGCCCUUCUUCCUCUCUAUCCGCCCGUCUUCUUCUCUAUCCGCUCUUCUUCCUCUUUAUCCGCCCUUCUUCCACUCUAUCCGCCCUUCUUCCUCUCUAUCCGCCCUUCUUCCUAUCAAUCCGCCCUCCUUCCUCUCUAUCAGCCCUUCUUCUUCUCUAUCCGCCAUUCUUCCUCUCUAUCCGCCCUUCUUCUUCUCAAUCCGCCCUUCUUCCUCUCUAUCCGCCCUUAUUCUCUAUCCGCCCUUCUUCCUCUCUAUCCGCCCUUCUUCCUCCCUAUCCGCCCUUCUUCCUCUCUAUCCGCCCUUCUUCCUCUCUAUCCCCCCUUCUUCCUCUCUAUCCGCCCUUCUUCCUCUCUAUCCGCCCUUCUUCAUCUCUAUCCGCCCUUCUUCCUCUCUAUCCGCCCUUCUUCCUCUCUAUCCGCCCUUCUUCCUCUCUAUCGGCCCUUCUUCCUCUCUAUCCGCCCUUCUUCCUCUCUAUCCGCCCUUCUUCCUCUCUAUCCCCCCUUCUUCCUCUCUAUCCGCCCUUCUUCCUCUCUAUCCGCCCUUCUUCAUCUCUAUCCGCCCUUCUUCCUCUCUAUCCGCCCUUCUUCCUAUCAAUCCGCCCUCCUUCCUCUCUAUCCGCCCUUCUUCCUCUCUAUCCGCCCUUCUUCCUCUCUAUCCGCCCUUCUUCCUCUCUAACCGCCCUUCUUCCUCUCUAUCCGCCCUUCUUCCUCUCUAUCCGCCCUUCGUCCUUUCUAUCCGCCCUUCUUCCUCUCUAUCCGCCCUUCGUCCUCUCUAUCCGCCCUUCUUGCUCUCUAUCUGCCCUUCGUCCACUCUAUCCGCCCUUCUUCCUCUCUUUCCGCCCUUCUUCCUCUCUAUCCGCCCUUCUUCUUCUCUAUCCGCCCUUCUUCCUAUCAAUCCGCCCUCCUUCCUCUCUAUCCGCCCUUCUUCUUCUCUAUCCGCCCUUCUUCCUCUCUAUCCGCCCUUCUUCCUCUCUAUCCGCCCUUCUUCCUCUCUAUCGGCCCUUCUUCCUCUCUAUCCGCCCUUCUUCCUCUCUAUCCGCCCUUCUUGCUCUCUAUCUGCCCUUCGUCCACUCUAUCCGCCCUUCUUCCUCUCUUUUCCCCCUUCUUCCUCUCUAUCCGCCCUUCUUCUUCUCUAUCCGCCCUUCUUCCUAUCAAUCCGCCCUCCUUCCUCUCUAUCCGCCCUUCUUCUUCUCUAUCCGCCCUUCUUCCUCUCUAUCCGCCCUUCUUCCUCUCUAUCCGCCCUUCUUCCUCUCUAUCGGCCCUUCUUCCUCUCUAUCCGCCCUUCUUCCUCUCUAUCCGCCCUUCUUCCUCUCUAUCCCCCCUUCUUCCUCUCUAUCCGCCCUUCUUCCUCUCUAUCCGCCCUUCUUCAUCUCUAUCCGCCCUUCUUCUUCUCUAUCCGCCCUUCUUCCUAUCAAUCCGCCCUCCUUCCUCUCUAUCCGCCCUUCUUCCUCUCUAUCCGCCCUUCUUCCUCUCUAUCCGCCCUUCUUCCUCUCUAA